CGGAGUGCCAGGGAUCUAGGCGCCGGGAAUCCGCGUUCUGUCUGGCAGAAGUAUUGACACAGAAAGACAGACCGGCAAGACGCUGCUUUGGUCCGAAAAGACAGACUGAUAGACGUGCGGAGGACAUUUCAACCGUUGCCACUGCUCCGCUCCUGCUGGCAAGAUGUCAGGAAAGGAGGGUGUGCAGAAGAAAUGGGCAGCCCUGAAGGAAAAGCUGGGACCUCAGGAUGGAGAUCCCACAGAGGCCAACCUGGAGAAUGCCGAGCCCGAGCUAUGCAUCCGCCUCCUGCAGAUGCCCUCUGUUGUCAAUUACUCUGGACUGCGCAAGCGGCUAGAGAGCAGCGACGAUGGCUGGCUGGUGCAGUUUCUGGAGCAAAGUGGCCUUGACCUGCUGCUGGAGGCUCUGGCCCGGCUGUCGGGCCGGGGGGUGGCGAGAAUCUCCGAUGCCUUGUUGCAGCUCACCUGCAUCAGCUGUGUGCGUGCUGUCAUGAAUGCCCACCAGGGAAUCAAGUACAUCCUGAGCAACCAGGGCUAUGUGUGCAAGCUUUCAGAGGCUCUGGACACAUCUAAUGUGAUGGUUAAAAAGCAAGUAUUUGAGCUAUUAGCUGCUCUCUCCAUCUACUCCCCUGAAGGCCACAAGCAAACCCUGGAUGCCCUGGAUCACUAUAAGGUGGUCAAGAGUCAGCAGUACCGCUUCAGUGUAAUCAUGAAUGAGCUCUCCAGCACAGACAACGUUCCCUACAUCAUCACACUGCUGAGUGUCAUCAAUGCCAUCAUCCUGGGCACAGAGGAGCUCAGGGCCCGAACUCAACUCCGGAAUGAGUUCAUUGGUCUCCAGUUGCUGGAUAUUUUAACCAAAUUAAGAGACAUUGAAGAUUUGGACCUUCUGAUCCAAUGUGAGACCUUCGAGGAAGCCAAGUCUGAGGAUGAUGAAGAGCUGCUCAGAAUCUUUGAUGGGAUUGACAUGAGCAACCACCAGGAGGUCUUCUCCACUCUGUUUAAUAAGGUGAGCUGCUCCCCCAUCUCAGUCCAACUACUGUCUGUCCUGCAAGGUCUCCUGCACCUGGAACCCACCCACCACUCAAGCUUGCUGCUGUGGGAAGCCCUAGAAAUCUUGGUGAAUAGAGCGGUGCUCUUAGCCAGUGAUGUCCAAGAAAGCAGCAUUGAAGAAAUAGUGGAAAGACUCCUGUCCAUGAAGGUGCGGCCUCAACAGAGUCCCAAGAUCUGUAACCUGGUCAAGACAGCCCACAAGUGUAUUCAAACCAACCUGGAUAGAGCAGACCCAUCACUGAAGGGGAGUCAGAAGGAAAAGGCCUCUAGACCAUCAUCUGACAAUGGCACUUUAGAGACUGUUACAGCCUUCCAAAUGCAGACAGCUUCUACCACCCCUGAGCUACAUACAUGUACCCCAGAUCCUGCUGUAGUCCCCCACAUUGGAAAAGCCAGUAUUCCCCCACCACCUCCCCCUCCCCCUCUGCCUAACUUUUUAUGGGCCCCUCCUCCAGCCACCCCUAUGUCCAGUAAAACCAGUGUCCUUCCUCCUCCUCCUCCACCACCUCCCCCUCUGCCUGGCAUGACAAAUACUCCCUCUACUACACCUCCCUGCCCCCCUCUGCCUGGUGUGGGUGACAUCCCUCCCCCUCCUCCUCUGCCUGGCCUGGGUGGCAUCCCUCCUCCUCCUCCUCUGCCUGGCCUGGGUGGCAUCCCUCCUCCUCCUCCUCUGCCUAACCUGGGUGGCAUCCCUCCUCCUCCCCCUCUGCCUGGCCUGGGUGGCAUCCCUCCUCCUCCCCCUCUACCUGGCAUGGCAUGUGUCCCACCUCCACCACCCCCUCCAAUGAAUGGCACUGAAGAAAUAGUAGUUGCCCAUGUGGACCAUGGUCUGGGCCUUGUAAGAGUUCCAAACCACAGGAAAGUCAACCCUCCCACUCUGAGGAUGAAAAAGCUGAAUUGGCAGAAACUCCCUUCUAAUGUGGUAAGAGACAGUCACUCCAUGUGGGCAUCAGUGAGUAGCCUGAGCAAUGAGGCCAUGGAGCCUGAUUACAGCAGCAUUGAAAAGCGCUUCUGUUUCCCAAUCACAAAGCCCAAGGAGAAGGAGGCAGCACCAGCCAAGAAGGAGCCCAAAGAGAUUACAUUUCUAGAUGCCAAGAAAAGUCUUAAUCUGAACAUUUUUCUGAAGCAAUUCAAAUGCCCCAACGAGGAGAUCACAGACAUGAUCCGUAGAGGGGACAGGACCAGGUUUGAUGUGGAAGUUCUGAAGCAGCUCCUCAAACUGCUCCCAGAGAAGCAUGAAAUGGAAAAUCUAAAAUCAUUCCAAGAGGAGAAAGCCAAGUUAGCCAAUGCUGACCAGUUCUAUCUCCUCCUCCUAGAUGUUCCCAGCUACCAGCUGCGGAUUGAGUGCAUGCUGCUCUGUGAAGAGACAGUCAUCAUACUGGACAUGAUCAAACCCAAAGCUGAGGUCAUCCGUAAGGCCUGUGAGAGUCUCCUCACCAGUCAGCGUUUGCCCGUUUUCUGCCAAAUGAUUCUCAAAAUUGGAAACUUCCUCAACUAUGGGAGUCAUACAGGAGAUGCUGACGGUUUUAAGAUUAGUACCCUGCUCAAACUCACAGAAACCAAGGCCAACCAGAGCCGUGUGACCCUGCUACAUCACAUCCUGGAGGAAGUGGAGAAAAAUUACCCUGACCUCCUGCUGCUCCCUAGUGACCUAGAGCACAUCUCCCGGGCUGCUGGGAUCAAUAUUGAUAUCAUCCACUCAGAAGCCAGCACCAACCUGAAGCAGUUGCUGGAGAUGGAGCGGAAGGUAUCUUCAGGGAUUCCUGAGGUGCAGGAGCAGUAUGCAAAGCCACUCCAGGACAGCAUCUCAGCCUCCAGGGAAUUAGAGGAAGAGUUUAAAGUCAUUGAGAGGAAGAAGAUUGAGCUGGCUGACUACCUUUGUGAGGAUGCUCACAAGCUCUCCCUGGAGGACACGUUCAGCACCUUGAAGACAUUUCGAGAACUUUUCAUCAGAGCCCUGAAGGAGAACAAGGACUGGAAAGAGCAGGCUGUGAAAGCAGAGAAGAGGAAAAAGCAGCUGGAAGCUGAAGAAGCCAAAAGACCCCGGGGGGAAGAUGGCAAGAUUAUUCGGAAAGGAGCUGUGAAACAGGAGGAAGUGUGUGUCAUCGAUGCUCUCCUGGCUGAUAUCAGGAAAGGUUUCCAGCUGAGGAAGACUGCCAAGGGCAAAGGGGACUCAGAGAAUGGCCUAAAAGCUGCCCCUACUGAAACCUCAAAGGAAAAAGAAGCUGAAGUCAUAAAGGACACUGGCAGCGGCACCAACGCUGGGCAGGAUUUUGACCUUGCUGCUGCUGUUGGAGAGACCUGGGACCAGGACGACCCAGACGGGCCUGGGUCUACUGGUGGAAUUUCCAAAGGACACUCUGAAGUCAGUGGCUCUGGCUGCCGAAACCCAGAGGGCAGCAAAGUCUCCACCCCAAUGCCCAGCUUUCCUGAUGACCCUCGUAUUAUACAGUUUGAUGAUUCCAAGGCUCUGAAACCCAUCAAGUUUUCCAGUGGCUCUUUCUCUGGGGGCACAGGCAUGGGAAGUGAGGUUGAUGCCACUACAGCAGGAGAUCAAGCUUCUGAGCACCAGGUCGGCAGAACAAGUGAGGGACCCAAGAAUAGUUGUCAGAGGUCAGAGGAAGCAGAGCCAACUCCUCCAGAGGGGGAAGAGGAAGAGGAGGAGGAAGAAGACACAGCCCCAGACUCAGUGCUAGACACAUCUCUGGACAGGUCUUUCUCUGAAGAGGCUAUUACUGAUUCCUCAGGCUCUGGGACCCUCCCUCGAUCUCAGGAGCGUACCAAGAAGGGAUCUGGGAAACGGAGGAAGAAGCGGCAUUCUAGGAGCCAUGAAGGUCUCAGGCCCAAGCCCAAAGCCAAAUAAGGAAGAUUGGAGACAGAGGCUGACUUCAUGCAUGUCCUCUGCUGCAGUGGACUCCUGGGACUGAAGACACUUGUACCACAGGGGAGUGGGGUGGGAGGGCAGAUGGAGCAUUUCAGGGACAGAUACUCCUCUUCCUUGGAAGUUCUAGGCUGGGGACUAGAGACCCUAGAUCUCAGUGCCUUAUAUAAGUGGGACCCAGGGCAAUGUCUACUGAGCUUGCUAAACAAUGGCACCCCAGACUUGGGAGGAGGUGGUGGACAGAACUUGCCUUGGAUCCACAGGACAAUUCCUGGCAGCUUCUUUCUGGUUUGGAUGGCAGCUAGAGAUGAGUGCUCUAGCCUCCAUCUCAUUUGGAUAGUGGGACCCAAUCCCAGACCCAUUAUGGCCCAAUUAAACUAGCAAGCCUACCCAUACCCCAGACCAAAGCCCAGGGUCCUCCAUAUCCCCUCCCAAUCACUAUCUUUUUCAUAAGUACCCCUGGGUGGGGCAAAUGCUUUGGGGACAGAUGUCCAGUGAGUUUCCAUGUGCAGUGGCAAUGGGGCAGUUAAAAGAUUUACCAGUUUCACGAGAUGCCUCUGACCUUCCUGGUUAACAAUCCUAGAUUUUACUCUCUGGCAUGUAUUGUUUUGUAAAUAGUCAUUCCUUUGGAAUAGAAAUAACAAAUAAUUCUCAUAUCUAUAGUGCAUUAAUGUUUACAGAGCACUUCCCACAAUAGCCUUGUGAGGGAUAAAGUGCAAGUAUUAUUCCUGUUUGGCAGAUGAGGAAACCGAGGCUCAGGGAGAGUAACUGACAUAUUGAGGACUGUCCUAAAUUAGAAGUGGAUUUUGUUUCUUAGAUCAUUUGACUGAUCUGGAUGCUGUCUAAGAAUGGCAGCCAACGUCCUCUUUAUUAUUAAAAAAGGAUGGAGUGGCUUGGGGAGGCAAGAGUAGUUAGGAGAUGGGGAUUAGAGAGAUCUGACACCCCAUUCUGGAUGAGUUCCAGCCAACCUAGAACUAAGACUUCCUUCACUUCCUUCCCUGCCCUCUUGCCAUCAUCUCUCCCAGCUGGCACUAUUGAGACACUGAGUAGCAAAUUUCAUUUUUUUAACUCAGAGUAACUGGAUGUGGAAGCCUCAGUUGAUGGAAAGCCAUUGACCAUAGGAAAGUCAACAUCCAGUCUGUCUAAGGAAGAGUCAGAGGGAUUGGGGAAGAAACUGGUAGGGGGAACAGUCUGAAUAUGGCCUGAUGUUUAGAGUUCUGUGUCUGUGGCCCCCACCACAUUGGCCACAUAUUCCUUCAAAAUUAUUCUAAGAAAUAAAAAUGUUUACCUCUUCCUUUA